AUGUCUGGAGGCCCAAGAUCGGGCAAGAAGAAGACUUAUCCGUCACAUCUAUUUCCAAAUGGAAAUUCUAAUGCUAAUUAUACUACACCAUGCAAGCAGCCGGUUUUGUCUACGGCCAAGAGGGCUAAAUCGAGGAACCUCUCGAACCAACUAAAAAAUGCAUCCAACUCUACGGCAGAUGAACAUUUAGUAGUAACUCCAUCUAGAAUAGGAUCUCAGAACAUUCAUAAACACGGAAAUAGGUCAUUGUCUACUGUGAAGCAGCCAUCAAAGAGAAUAUUGAGUUGCCCGAUGUCUGAAAGACCCCAUCGAGCAAAAGACCACCAGUUUUCUUUCAUGAAAGAGACGUCUUCAUCGAUGAACAAGCAUGUGAGCAUUUUUAACAAUGAAGUUGGGACCUCGCCGACCCCAAAUAAAGUAUCGCAAGAACCACAGCUACUUACAAAGAGAGUCAGCUCAUCUAACUCGACAAAGAGGAGACAUCAGCUAGAAAAUCGCUCUCGAAAUGUAAGUGGAGGAAGUUACAAUCAUGGGUUAAGAGAUAGAAGAAUCAUGUCGACGCAUGCACCUGCUACCAGACCGACUGAUAUCACUAAUAUAAGCUAUAGUGUGCCCACGCUGAAGUUCCAUGAAAUUAAGUCGAAAGAUGAGCAUUUAAAGAUUCCUCACUAUAAUGGGUUUACUUACAACACCCAAUAUGAUACAAUGAAUUCACCAUCGAAACUUAGAAAUGUUUCGCAACCAUUUACUCAAAAAUCAAAACAAGAUGUAUACGAUAGAUUGUAUAAUAAUUCACACAGUAAUAGGGCAAAGACAGGAAUAGCUUCACCAAACAGCCUGAGCUCAAGAAGAGAUCGUCUUGAGAAUAGGAAGCAAAAUACUGAGACUGAUUUGAAUAAUACGGAGAUCCCAAAAGUUCAGAGCAUACAUGAACUUUACCUGAUAAUUUACCGUGAAGACCAAAAUUUAUUCUUAUUUGGGGACACAAGUGAUAAAAGUUUUACCACAAAUCAGUAUAUGGAUACUCAGAAGUUGGCUUCAGGAACAAGUGGGUCCUCUGGACCAUUAAGCAUAUACGAAAGAGGAGAAAUAUUAAGAAAGAAGGAUUUAUACUUCAUGCCCAGUGAAAAUGGAAAUACGUUGGAAGAAGAUCCCAGAUCUAUCAAUGUAAGAAACUACAGCCAGAAUUUUGGAUUUGAUGAUAGUACUGGCAAUUAUAUAAUUGUCCCUCAUGAUCACAUUAACUACCGUUACGAGAUUGAAACAAUUCUAGGAAAUGGUUCAUUCGGCAACGUUGUCAGAUGCAAAGAUCAUAAAUAUUCUGAUGCAGACAAUAAUAGUAAAACAGUUGCUAUAAAGAUAAUCAAAAACGACAUAAAUUGGUCGUUACAAGCCGUAUACGAAACAAAAAUGUUGAGGCAUUUAAACGAAAAAAUGAAAUCCACCGGACAACUAUUAUUUGAAAAAGAUUUCCCUAUAUUAACAUAUAUUGAUCAUUUCCAUUUUAGAGGUCAUAUGUGUAUUAUCUCUGAAAUGCUAUCAUUAAAUUUGUAUUCUUUGUUAGAAAUUAUCAAAUUUCGUGGCUUAUCGCUUAAGAUAUUAAAGCUGUUUUCCAGAAGAAUUUUAACAGGGUUAGACUUCAUCCAUAAGCAAAAUAUUAUUCAUUGUGAUAUAAAGCCAGAGAACAUCAUGAUUAAAUUGCCUCCAAACUUUGAUCCAAAAGAUGGUAAUAUAAAUGAGAAUGAUGUCAUCGUGAAAAUCAUUGAUUUCGGUUCGUCUUGUUUUGAUAAGGAAAUUUCCUACUCAUACAUCCAAUCGAGAUUUUACAGAGCCCCGGAAGUUGUACUAGGUGCCAGUUAUAACAACAUGAUUGAUAUCUGGUCAUUUGGUUGCGUAAUAGCAGAAUUAUUUUCAGGAGCACCAUUACUUCCAGGUAAAAAUGAAUUAGAACAAAUUGGCUUGAUAUUAGAGCUAUUCGGUGCUCCCAAUAGCAGCAUUAUACUAGAUCAAAGAAGCAAACUAAUGAAAUCAGCAAAGAGACAAAAAGCGGCUACAGAUAUAAAUAAUAUCGUCUCAGAUACAGGUAUGAAUCAGUCAAUCAUAAAUAAACUUCCUGUGGAUGAAAAGACAAUCCGAAAGACUCUCCUCUUCAGUCUUUUUGAUAUCCAAGGGAAAAUAAACUUACAAUUUCUUAACAUGAGGAACCAGGCAGUCACUAAUGCGGCAGGAUCAACACUACCAGGCGCUUCCGCUGUAAAGAAAAAAUUCAAACCAAAUUCUAAAAGUUUGGAAAUAUUGUUACGUUUAAGUACAUCCAGAGAGACUAAAAAAGACAUUCACCUAUUCUCUAAAUUUUUGCAUUCAAUUUUUAAAUGGAACUCUACGGAAAGGCCAUCUGCAUCAAAAUUAUUAGAUGAUUUAUUUUUGAAGGAAUUAUAA